AAGGCUGGAUCCAGGCUGAGCUCGGCGGAGUGAGAGAGUCGGUCCUGAAACAGAGCUACUAACGUCAUUCAGCUCAGGCCACAACACCACCGAGCGGAACCAGCAGCGCAAACACACAACUUCAGCAGAAAUGCCCGCAGCUCGAGGCGGAGAGCAGGGCGAGGAGUGCGGGGUUUAGUGUGCGGUGUGUGUCGCGGGGAUCGGGGGGGAGUCGGGCUGUAAUGUAGGGCUUUGUGUUUCUUGGAAGGAAAUCCCUAAACUUCACCCAGGAGGGGAGUGCAGGAGGAGGAGGAGCAGGAGGCUGUUGCAGUUCAGCAGAGACUGGGUCGGUGCUGCAGCAGCGCUGGAGGAAAGCAAUAGCUAGGACUCCGGGUUGGGAAGGAGGCAUGGCUGUUUGGGCCUUGGCUUCCAGUGCCCAGAGUCCUGCCCAGGCACUAUUGGACAGAGUCGGCAGCUGAGGAAGGGAGAUCCUUGCUGGGCCGUAAUGACGAAGAGACAAGGACGGCCCUGCAGGUGGAAGUGAAGAAGUGACGAGGAAGAGGGAGGAAGAAGAUGGGAGCCAAUGCUUCCAGUUACCCACACUCAUGCUCCCCCCGCUUUGGUGGAAAUGCACAGGCCCAGCAGACAUUCAUUGGAACAUCACUGUACUCGCAGCAGUCAUACACUUGGGAGCCGAAGCUCUACAGUCUGGAGCAUGUCGGACACGAGAGGCCACUGGACCGGAAGAAGAAGAGCUCAGGCUUGGCCACCCUGAAGCGCAGGUUUAUCAGGCGCCGCAGGGCUGGACGCUCAGCAGACCAUGCCCGGCAGAUGCGGGAGCUGCUCUCAGGCUGGGAUGUGCGUGACGUUAAUGCUCUGGUGGAGGAGUAUGAGGGCACUGCCACUCUUAAAGAGCUGAGUCUGGCCGCUGGCCUGGCCAGGCCCGAGGCGUCCACGCUGCGCUCUGAUAUGGCCGCCCUGUUCCAGCAUAAGCACUGCACGGAUGUUGACCUGGUCUUCCAAGGCACCUGUUUCCCUGCCCACAGAGCCAUUCUGGCCGCACGCUGCCCUUUCUUUAAGACCUUGUUGUCCUCCACGGGCGCAGCAGCAUCAGGCUAUGGAGGGGCAGAAGUGAUGCUGGAUGUGGGCACUGCAGGCAUGAACGUGACUCUCUUCUCCGCUCUCUUGCACUUCCUUUACACCGGAGAGCUGGGCGCUGUUCGAGUGGACGAAGCAGAAACACGAAUGAGGAACAUUGACGUUCUCCGACAGCUGAGCGAAGAGUUCGGCCUGCCUAACCCUCUGGAGGAUGACAUGAGGAUGCUGUUUAACUACAUGUCCUACUAUGACUCUGUCCUGAGCUUUUGCUCAGAUCCUGAACUCGCGGAAGCAUGUGACGGGGUGGGGGGUAUUAGUGGAGGGGGUAUCACCGGAGGCAGCACUGUAAACGGAAGCACCGGAAGCAGCGGGCAGAUACCAUCACCCGAGGAGGACCUGAGGGCCCACAAGGCCGUCCUUUCGGCCCGCUCUCCUUUCUUCCGGAACCUGCUGCAGAGGCGGAUACGGACCGGCGAGGAGAUGACUGAGCGUACGCUGCAGACGCCCACGCUGAUAGUGCUGGAUGAGUCCAUUAUCCCGCGGAAGUAUGCCCGCGUGAUACUGCACUGUAUGUACACGGACGUUGUGGACAUGUCCCUGGUGCUGCAUGGCAGUCCAUCUGUGGGCAGUCUGAGUGAGGCACAGGCCUUGCCCGCUGGCAGUGGAGCAGGAAAGGUUGCUGUAUCAGUGCGCACUGAAGAAGCCAUGGAGCUCUAUCACAUCGCGCUGUUCCUGGAGUUCAGCAUGCUGGCUCAAGGCUGCGAGGACAUCAUCAUAGAGAGCAUCUCUCUGGAGUCUUUGGUCUCCAUUCUGAAGUGGAGCUCUCAGCCCUAUGGCUCCAAAUGGGUCCACAGACAGGCCAUGCAUUUUCUGUGUGAGGAGUUCAGCCAGGUCAUGACCUCAGAAGUGCUGUAUGAGCUGGUCAAGGAUCAACUGCUGGCUGCUAUCCAGUCAGACUACCUACAGGCGAGCGAGCAGGACAUUCUGAAGUAUGUGAUUAAGUGGGGUGAGCACCAGCUCAUUAGGAGGAUGGCUGACCGAGAGCCCAACCUGCUGAGCAGUACAGCUCACAGUGUGAACAAGCGUGGGGUGAAGAGGAGAGAUCUGGAUGUGGAGGAACUGAAGGAGAUCCUGUCUCCUCUGCUGCCUUUCAUCCGCAUGGAGCACAUCCUCCCAGCCAACAGUGACGUCCUCUCUGAUGCAAUGAAGCGAGGUCUUAUCAGCACUCCUCCAUCAGACAUGCUGCCCACUGCAGAAGGAGGCAAGGCCAACUCCUGGCUCAGACAGAAGAACACUGGCAUCUACAUGCGCCCGCGCCUCUUUUCUCCAUAUGUGGAGGAGGCAAAGUGUGUCCUGGAGGAGAUGAUGGUGGAACAGACCGAUCUCGUACGGCUGAGGAUGGUGCGCAUGUCUAACGUGCCCGACACCCUGUACAUGGUCAAUAACGCUGUCCCCCAGUGCUGUCACAUCAUAAACCAUCAGCAAAUCACCAGCAGCCAGGCAGUGGCCCCGUCCGUUGUGGCCAACGAGAUACCAGUGCCCAGGCUGGCAGUGGUGAGAGAGAUGAUUGCCAGACUGCAGGAGCUGAGGCACACAGACCAGGUUCAGAGAGCGUAUGCUCUAAACUGCGGGGAGGGAGCCACGGUCAGCUACGAGCUGCAGCUCCGCGUGCUCAGAGAGUUUGGCCUGCCAGAUGGAGCGGCGGAGUUACUUCAGAACCCACAGAAGUUCUUUCCAGAGGAGCGUUUUGGGGACGAGAGUCCUCUCCUCAGUUUGAGAGCGGCUGGCCGCUGCAGAGUGAACAGCUCCCCCGCCAUGGAAACUCUGUUCACGGACCUGGAGACCCUGGGGAGUCUUAACCCCCCUCUCCCUCCUCCACCUCCCCCAUAUCACCCUCCAUCCAUGCCUGGACAGGCUCAGCACAGAGGAGGCUGGAGGCCAAAGGUUCCUGUGCCUCCUCCCUCUCGCUCCUUCUCCUAUCCAUGUAACCACACCCCUCUCCAGCAGAGAGGCUCAACCGUGCCCAAACCCAGUAGCCAGGCCUACCAGCCUCCUGACUACAGCAAAGCUCAGAGCAUGGGAAAAGGACUUCCAGAGUCGUGUGGGAGUUUGGAACCUCUAAGUGAUUACAUGCCGGACAUCGCCCUCGGAGUGUCUGCUAUGACCCUGUCAGAUCACAGUGAGGCUCAGAACCUCGGCCUUCACUCAUGUCCUCAUCCAAGUAUGGCUUCUUCCAUGCCUCACUACCCGACUGGACCCUGCCCUAGUGGAAGACACUCUCUGGCUCAUCUUCCCUGCAAAAGACAUCCCCCCAAACAAAAACCUGAACUGCAGUCUGAGUAUCCAGACCUUUAUGACUUCUCCAGUCAAACAGACGCCCCUACAUCUAGCCAUCCUCCUCAGGCCACCUACACAGGCUCAGACUUGUACGGCCACCGCAGAGGCGCAUACAACAGCUUGCACCUCUCGUAUCUGCCCGACACUUCCCUAUCAUUGCACUCCCAGGGCAGGCUAGGACAGCCAUCGGACUCCCUUCAUUUGGAUGUCUUGGGUCAAAGGCUAGACUUGGCCCAGACCUCCUCUGGAGGACCCUCAGUAGGAGGAGCACUUGUGCCCAGUGGGCGCUCAAUAAAUGACUCUGACCUAAUAUGUGGUCUUGGACCUUCAAGGGUUGGUGCAGACCCUUAUGAGGAGCACACGCCAGUCACAGACGAAACGGGGGGCAUGAGGGAGCCCUCUGCAGCGAUUGGGCACCACAGGUCCAGUAGUGAAGAAGCAGGGAUAAGCCGGGAUCACAGGUCACCCAAUAAGCCAGAGUACCAAUAUAAGAAAUCUGCACUUUAAAUGAGGUGACACAAAGGGAAUUGUGAUAUUAGGACAAAGACUGAAGUCUACUCAAGUCUAGUAGAUUGUUAAAUCUUGAGAAUGGAAUGAAGAGAAAACUAUUUGUUAUUUCAGAAUGUUGUGGAAUUUUUAGCAUGAGCUAGUUGAGAAUGAAUGAAGUUUUGUGGUUUUAAAUUUCGUGGGUAAGAUAUGCUGAGAAUUAAACGUUGUGUUUUGAUUUUCAGUUUUAAACACAUUACCUUUUUACACAGAAUAAUUUAGUUAUAUGAGGCACAGUGGUUAUGCGCAAUGAUGAGGGAAGCAUCAAUAAAAUAUGCCUAACAUUGAAAAUGGGGGGGAAAAUACACUAAAUAAAACUCCUACAUGAACAUAAUAAAAGGACAUCACUUCCACAGUAUAUACCCUAUAGUUUCCUUCCCUAUAGUUUAUCUGCCAUGUGAAACCUACACAGCUUAGCGAAGAAUGCUUUAGGCCACAGGACAUUAGGAAUAUGAUCAGUUCUAUUGUGGUCAUUGUAGGAGGGACAAGGACACUUAGGGUUUUUAUUUUUGUGGUAGGUUUGGUAAUCAUACAUGUCAUCGUUUCUGGGUUUGGACCUGGCAGAAAUUUAGAGCUAUUAUUGCCCAUUGUUUUCAGAAUCCUGUAGACAGUAGGCGGUCCUCAUACUAAUCCUUAUAGGCAGUAGGCAAUCCUUACACAACAAAACAAAUAAGCUUUAAAACCAUACGGACUGUUCACAAUAGUCCAAAGUUACCUGUUGUUCCUCUAAAACUGUCUAGAAUCAGGGCAACUGGUUUUACAUGGCCAUACCUAUAAGCAUGAUGACCUUACCUCUUCAGUAUACAUACCAUAUCUAUUGUGCUACAGCUACGUUCACACAGCAGGUAAAAGUGGCCUAAGUCUGAUGUUUUUCUGGGUGUUCACAUACUGUCCACACCUUUUAAAUGCGACUUGUAUCCGACAGUCGUCUGAACAGUUCACAAUCCUAAUCUGACACUUGUGCAAAAGAGCAACACAUCCAGUUUCCAGUUUUUCAUCAGCACCACAGAAGCAAUCAGGAAACAGGAAUUACAGCGGAUACUUCAUAUCCUCCUGUGGCUGCAUUUGAUCAUUUAUUUAGACACAAUCCUACCACAAUUUAGUUUGAACAGAGGCAUCACCCUAAAUAUUAGGGAGGUCUUUCACAAAAGCUCAGUAAAGAAUAUUUUAGGCUAGGCUACAUUGUGGUCACUGAAGAAGAGACAGUACACUUUGUACUGGUUACUGUGAUAGGUUUGAUAAAUAUGCAAGUCUUUAAUUUCUGGGUUUGGACCUGACAAACUGACUUUUAGAAUGAAUCAUUUUCACCUGAAAGCUAUUAUUUCCAGUUGUUUUUAGAUACCUGUACACAGCAGACAAUCCUUAGAAAACUUAAGCUACUAACAAAUAUUAAGCUACCAUAAUUAUGCUACUUUAAUGACCCAAAAUAUAUAUAAGGUAUGUUACCUCACUUUCCCACCACUGAAAACCUCCCUCAGUACUGUCAUCCAUUUUCCCUUUUUAUAAAGGUUGCAUAAAUUCCAAUCUAUUGCUUCAAAUUGGAUAUCUAUAAGAUUCUCAUACAACAUGUAUGUAUUUUUUUACCAUUCCAAUUGCCACACAAAUGACACAAAGAAAUUGUAUUUUGGCCACUUUUACUUGCUGUGUUAACAUACACUUUAAGUAUUGGGAAAUGUGAUUUUCUAUAUGUAGUUUGCAUUUUUUCCAAAUGUUCCACAGAAUGUGCAUGUAUAGAUGGCGACUGAUGCUAUGAAACAGUAUCAGUUGGUAAAAGAAAAAUAUAAAGUGGUUGUAUAAUGAGGGGAAACUGACUUCGGAAACUCUUCUGGAUUGCUGUAUGAUGAACUGAUGAAUUGUUUUGGCCAUGUCUUUUAGUAGUAUUGUGUUCCCAGUGUUGUAUUCAUAUGUGAGGAUUUGAAUGACGUUUAUAUAGAGAUUGAGUUACACUUCAUUGUUAGAUCCAUGGUUCAAUUAUUUAAGACUCCUAGUUUCUACAAUUAAUCAGGACUGUUCAAUAUUUACAUUAGCACCAGCCUUGAGAAUGAAUAAUCCACGUACUGUAGAGAACAUACUGAACAUGCUUGAAUUCACCUCCUUUUCACUUACAUCCAGUGGCCUUAGCUGUGGGGUUUUGCUCUCAGAGACCAUGGAAGACUGCAAGCCAUUCCUUAUUUUCAUGGCAUGGAUUUACUGAUUGUUCUUCUGGUCCCUAAACUUCAUUUAGCUCAGAGUUUUCUGGAGACUAAACUUUGCAGUGAGCUCUAGCUGUUUGAUUGGUUUGUCAUCAGAUUUCAGUCUUAGCUUUGCCACCUAGUGGUAAAUAUGGAUGCCAGAGAGGCUUGUGAUAAGUGUACAGCAUUGUAUGACCUCCCUGUUUUGGUCUUUUGACGGAUAGCUACUGAAAUAAGGGUCAUCUCACCAAUGUUAGUUUAGUCCACAUAAAAUCCACACAGGAAAAUAGGGUGUAGUAUUUGAUGCAUCCUGUUGUAUGUUUGUCAUUAGGCUGCAUGUUUAGUGAUUGUGUGUGUUUGAAAGUGAAAAGUAUGACAGUAGGUAACUAUUUUUGAUGCUUGACCCAAAAUGAGAGUUGUAUGAUACAUGAUGUAAUGAUGUAAUACUCCACAGACUCAUAGAUUGUUUGCAUACUCCUUAUUUUGCUGGACACAUCAUUGCGUUAUAGACAUGAAAGUUCAACAACACUCUGCUGUGAGUCCUAGGCCUUGUCCACAUGUAUCCAGGAUAUUCUGGGUUUGCGAUUUGGACACAAACAUUUAAUGUGUCAUACAAUUUUGAUAAUAAUUGCGAUAAAUAUUCUAAAUUAGAUUAACCUCAUCAAAGGUUUUAAGCAUUUGCUGCACUCAUUUUUCCAGGCCAAGAAGCAGUUUGGUUUGUGCGUUCACAGUGGACCUCUACCUCGCUCUGCCUCCAUGUAAUUCCCCUGUUGCUGCACACAGGUAAUGCAAUUUGAGUUUGCUGUUCUGUAUGAUGCUCAUUUAGUUUGAUUAUCGGAAAACCUCUUCUCUUUACUGAAAAAAUACAAUUUACUGUAUAGUAAAUGAGAGGGGGGGGGGGUGUAGCAAUUUGGACUCAAACAUUGUUUUUAAUCACUGAAUACAAGAGUGGAGAUAAUGGAAAACUUACUGUUUUUAGUGUUACAUGGACAAGGAAAUCUGAAAUAUCUUCAUUCUCCCUAAAUAGACCACCAGUGUCUACAUAUGGCACUAGUUUCAGAUUUUGAGAUAUGUAAAUUCUGCCCAAUUUACAUAUAUAAUGCUAUGUUUAGAUUUAGAAUCUGUCACUUUGUGCCUUGCAUGCUGCACGACUUGGGGAGUAUUGCAUAAUUUGGGAUUAAACCUCUGCAUGGUGUGUUGCUGUCUCUAAUUAUGAGGUACUACUGCCCAAUACAGGGCUACCAUGCUCAUGCAAAAAUUGCUAAAUUAUGGCCUCCGGGUGGUCCAGCGGACUAAGGGGCUGCCACUAUGAUCAGGAGAUCGUUGGUUCAAAUCCUGGUCAUGCCGCUUGCCAUUGGCUGUCAGAGUCGUGCACUCUGAGUGGGUAGAUGGUGCUCUCUUGCCACAUCACUCCAAAAGGUGAUGUCGAUCAGCACAAGGUGUCUGUGAGCUGAUGUAUUGGAACCAAGUCGCUGCGCUUUCCUCCAAGCUCGCUGUGAUUUAUACUCGGCAAUGCUGUAUCAGCAGCUCGAAAAAAAGGCGGUGGCUGACUUCACAUGUAUCGGAAGAGGCAUGUGCAAGUCUUCACCCUCCUGGUGUAAGGGCAUCACUAGUGAUGGAAGUACAGCUGAAAAGUGUAAGUCAGAUUAUCGGCAUAGCUAAAAUGGGGAGAAAAGUGGGAUAAAAAUAAAAACUGCAAAAUGUAAAACAGAGAAGGAAAUCCGGAUAUCUGGAUAUGUGUGGACGGGAAUCGUAUACAGUGUGCUGUUGACAGCUUUACAAGAGCAUCAUUGAAAAGUACAUUAUUCUCCUAUGUUCAUCUGUCUGUACUGUGGGAAAGCCCUUUAAGGCAAACGCUGCUUACGCACUCUGGUUCUGUUUUGCUGCUUAUCAAUUUACUUCAGUAGCACAAGAAGAUAAGGUUAAUACACAUGAACAAACAGUGAAAUGCAUCUGUAUUCAUUUCCUAAUGCAUUGCAUUUGGGGAACAAAUGUAAAGAAAAAUAUUCUAAGAUCUGAUCUGAGGGCUUUAGUGGUUUCCUUGCAUCCAUUAACACUGUAGAAGACCCAAAUGUCUGUGCCUUGCCUGGCAGAGGCUUAAGUAUUUUCUUAGGAGAAUAAAUUUUGGCCUAUGCAAGCCUUCGUAAGAGCCCACAUUCAUCUGUCAGUUUCUAAACUGCCUGUAUUGCCUCAUGUACAUGAUUUUGACCUUGAAAAUAGUAUUUUUCUUUUUUAGGUACCUUUAACUCAAGACAACACGUUGUGGUUUGAUACAGGUUUUUUCAAAUAAGUAUGUUGAUUGUACUUUAAUAUAUAAUUACAUUUCUUGAAAUGAAUUUUGAAUUUUCACUGGUUCUAUUUUUCUAUUUUUACCUCAGAGAGGGUAAAUAAGUGACCAACUUUGUAGCUAGAGAGCAUCUUCAAAAAUAAAGCUUCAAUAUCA